UAGGUUUCAACAACAUAAAGACAUUAUAUAACUUGUUGCUAUUGCUAAUAUAAAUACAUUCAUCAUUCUCAAAUUAUUUCAAUAGAGAGAGAGCAAAAAGUGUACCAAAGAAUGGAACAACAACGACAGCUGCAGGUACCACUUGUUGUUGUAGUAAAAGAUCAUUCAGGCAACAAGAAAAUUUCUCGUGAGUUAGCAGAAUCCCUUCGUUGUCCUCUUAUUGAUGAAAUCGAUUUCACUCAAGCCCUUCAAAAAAUAUCACUUCCAAGUUCAACCAUAACUCAAGCCAUUAAUGAGCCUGAAAGCGAUUUAGCUUUUGAGUUUGUUUCUCAAAUUGUUUUAACCCAUCUCAAGUUGAAGUUGAAUGUUGUCAUUAACUUGUUGCUAUACAAUGAUGCCCGUCUCAAUAAAUUGGUAGAAUUGGAGGAUUCUGAAAACGCACGCUUAAUCUUCAUUCAAAGCAAAACAAAUAAUCGUCAGGAUGAUGAUAGCGAUCGACAUAUUUUAAAGGUAAUCACCGAUGACGAGUCAUUUAAUGCAAAAGAAGUUGUCACCAAAAUGUUUGAUUUAUGUUCCCACCCUAAGAAGGGUAGUCACGAGAAAAUUAUCAAAGAACCAACAAAUGACCAUUUGCACGAAUUGGUCUUAUUUCAAGAACCAAGGUUAAAUAAAAUCCAAUGCAAAAGAUGCUUAGAGCUUGUUUCUGGCCGCUCUUACGAAUGUGUCGAGUGCAAUGAAUACACCUUUCAUAAAUUCUGUGCAGAGGCAUCUCCAAACGUACGGGAUUGUCCUCCUUGGUUGAGGGAAAAGAAGCCUAAGCAUUAUGACUUCCCAAGGACAUAUAAAUGUAAUAAUUGUGAAGAGUUUUUAUAUGGUUGUUGUGAUUGCCUCUUCCAAACCAACCUUGAACUUGGAUUUUUGCCAGCUAUUCUUUAUGAUAUUGAUGAAGCGCAUCAACACUUUUUUAAUCUCAUUAUCAUGCCCUUCAAGUAUAAUUAUCAAUAUAAAUGCAUUAUUUGUGAUGAAGUGGGCAGCUCAGUUGGCUACAAAUGUUAUGAUUGCAACUAUGAUGCUCAUGUCAACUGCAUAUUGCCAAUAGUUGAGAAAACGCAAAUUAAAGCGUACCAAACAAUUUUCGACCUGUUCAAAACUAUCCAUGUUGAUAACAUCGAGGUUCUCAAACAUCUGAUAUAUGCUAAGGAUGAUCAACUACCGCUCUAUGAUGGUGCUGCCAAGAAAAGGUCAAGUUUUGAUGUGCUUCGAAGGAAGCAUGUGUUGCUAUACAUCACAGACCUUGAACUACCCAAAGAUGAGCUUCCAACCCUGAAUGGAAUGUACAAUGAGGCCCGGCAACUUCCAUUAGCGACUGAAAGUAAUUAUGAGGUAGUAUGGUUUCCGGUGGUGGACUGGUCAACGCCAUGGAAUAAUGCACAACAAAAACAAUUUAAAUAUCUCCAAUCAAGGAUGCCAUGGUUUUCAGUCUAUCACCCUUUACUGCUAGACCCUGCAGUUAUCAAAUACAUCAAGCAAGUCUGGUGCUUCAACAAGAAGCCUUUGUUAGUGGUCUUGGAUCCACAAGGCAAAGUAGUGAAUCAUAAUGCUUUGCACAUGAUGCGGAUUUGGGGAAGCUUAGCUUUCCCUUUCACGAGCCUGAGAGAGGAAGCACUCUGGGAAGAAGAAAGCUGGAGUAUUGAGUUAAUGGCAGAUGGCAUUGAUGCUAAUAUCCCUGCAUGGAUACAAGAAGGGAAGUACAUAUGCCUGUAUGGCGGAGAGGACAUCGAAUGGAUCCGCAGAUUCACUACAACAGCAGCUGCAGUUGCCAUAGAAGCAAACAUCCAGUUAGAAAUGCUAUAUGUUGGAAAAAUCAAUCUAAGAGAGAAAGUGAGAAAAAUUAAUACAAUAAUUCAAAUAGAGAAACUUAGCCAUGUAUUAUCAGACCUCGCAUUGAUGCAGUUCUUCUGGUUCAGAUUAGAAAGCAUGUAUUACUCCAAAGUGAAAAAUAACAGAACCGUAGAGAAAGAUUCAAUAAUGCAAGAGAUAAUAACAAUGCUUACCUUUGAUGCAACUGAGCAAGGAUGGGCUGUGGUUAGUAAAGGAUCAGGAGGUAAUGAUCAAAUGGCCAAGGCAAAGGGUUCUCUAAUUUUGAGAAGCUUUGACGAAUUUCGGUCAUGGAAGCAUAUUGCAGAUGAAAGGGGUUUUGUGCCUGCGCUUAUCGAAUACCUGCUUCUACACCAGAACAAACCUCACUGCAACCGGCUGAUUAUGGCUUUCAAUGAAAAUCUUCCUAGACAGCAGUUAUGUGCUGAAUGUGGCCGCCCUAUGGAGAUGUUCAUGAUGUACCGCUGCUGCGAUGAAUAAGGCUACAGCUCCUUUUAACUUAUAGCAGCAUUAUUGUGUUCGCAAUAGGCUACACCCACACAUUUGCAUAUAUAGUUUGAGCUAUGACUGGGAUUAAAUAAUCGAAGCUUAUUGUACUUUGCUAUUGAAUAAUUAAGGUGUUCAAUUAUCUUGUGCUUCUUUUUUUA